UCUAUUAUCAUUGACUUUCAAAUUGUUUGAUGAGGUUUAAGUUGCAUACAGUAUAUAUUAAUAUUUUCGAAUUUAUGUAGAGGCAUUAUGUACUAGAUCCCUACAUUGAAAAACAUGUUAGGAAAGCCGGUGAAACCAACUUUCAUAACCCAUAACAUGUGGAGAAACUUUAAAUAAAUAAACAAAAUCGUGGGAAGGGUGCCAUAACUCAUAAUGGUUGUUUUAUCUGAACUUCCAGAAGCAUCUUCAUCUUCUUCAUCAGCUCGUGUUCCUACUUCAUCAACUCAUGGUCAUAAUUCAUCAACUGAUGGUUAUAGAUAUGAUGUAUUUUUAAGUUUUAGAGGUGUUGACACUCGUCAUAGUUUCACUGAUCACCUUCAUAAGGCCCUCAUUGAUGCUGGUAUCAAUACCUUCUUGGAUGAUGAAGAGAUUGAAACAGGGGAAGAUCUUAAACCAGAACUGGAGAGUGCAAUUAAGGCGUCUCGGGCUUCUAUUAUUGUGAUGUCUAAGAAUUACGCUACUUCAACAUGGUGCCUCGAUGAAUUGGUGUUGAUCCUUGAGCAGUGUAUGACAUCCAAUCAUAUUGUCAUCCCAAUAUUUUAUCAUGUGGAGCCCACGCAUGUGAGGAAGCAACAAAGUAGCUUUGGAGAUGCAAUGGCUAAGCAUAAACAGACAAUGGAGGCUGAGACAGAUGCAAAUAAAAGAAGUCAAUGGGCUCAAAAGAUCGACAGAUGGAAUAAAUCGCUUACACAAGUUGCUGAUUUAAAAGGGAAUGAUAUAAAUGGCAGGUCCGAGACACAGUUUAUUGAAGAAAUUGUGAAGGAUAUCCACCGUAGAUUACAUUUACACGUAAGGAGCGUUCGACCACAACUUAUUGGGAUGGAAAAUCAUAUUAACUUUGUAACUUCAUGGUUGAAAGAUGGAUCCUCACAUACGGUAGACGUACUUACUAUUUAUGGUAUAGGUGGGAUCGGGAAGACAUCUUUAGCAAAAUAUGUCUAUGGGCUAUAUUCUCAUGAAUUCAACACAAGCAGCUAUAUUGAAAAUAUCACUAGGAAAUGUGAUGGAAAGUUUAAUGGGUUGCUUGAUUUACAAGAACAACUCUGUAAGGACAUUUCAAAAACAAGUUCAAUUAAAGUUCAUGAUGUUUCAGUAUACACCGCAAAGAUAGAGAAUGCAUUAGCCCGUAAAAGGGUGUUUCUAGUUCUUGAUGAUAUCAGUACUCAUGUUCAGUUGGAUGCAUUACUUGGAAGCAAAGGCUUUCAUCCCGGAAGCAAAGUUAUAAUUACAACAAAGGACAGUUGGUUGACUGAGAGUUGUUCUUUAUUUAAAACAAACAUUAAACCCAAACAUGAAAGACAUUUGCUUCGAGGCUUAGAUGAUUUUGCAUCACAACAACUUUUGUGGUCCCAUGCAUUCACGUGCAAUCAACCCAAGGCGGGAUAUGAAGAGGUGUCUGAUAAGCUUGUUAAGUAUUGUGAAGGACAUCCAUUGGCUCUUGAAGUUUUGGGAAAGUCUUUGUAUAAUCGAGAUGUAGCUUAUUGGGAAGGGUGCAUCGAAGGGUUAAAGAAAGAAAUUAGUUCCCCUAUAAAUAAUGUCUUGAAAAUGAGCUUCGACUCCUUGCCAUACGAAAAUGAUAAGGAGUUGUUUAAGCAUAUUGCUUGUUUUUUUGUUGGAAUAGAUAGAGAUGUUACCGAAACAAUAUUAGAGGCAUGUGAUAUAAACACAAGAUCCGGGAUCACGAAUCUCAUUGACAGAUGUUUUCUUAGUAUAGGAUGGAAUAAUGAAUUGGAGAUGCAUCAGUUGGUUCAAGAGAUGGGAAGAUUUGAAGUACGUCAAGAAUCAAUUGACAAGCCAUGGAAGCGAAGUCGAUUAUGGUGCCAUAAGGAGUCAUUCAAAGUGUUGAAACAAAAAAAGGGUAAGGGAAAUCUACUAGGCCUUACCCUUGACAUGCGCAUGCUUGAGAAAGAGAAGUUGGGUGUAUCCGGCUUGAGAAGAGGCAAAAGUUGGAUGAAUCGUGCUUAA